UCUGCAGCUUUGAUUUUAUUUUUCAAAUGAGUUAACUCUUACCAUCGUAAUCAAAAGCUUCUCUUUUCUUUUUGGCAAGUAAUAACUAGAAAAUUUCAUUAAUACAUCUCCACAAUUUCUCUUUCUGGACUACUUUUUAACUAGGAGAGGAAUGGAUAAUUGUUCAAUUGAACUGCAGAAAUGAUAAUGGGCCAACUGCUGUGAUUAUUAAGGAUAAUGAAGGUUAUAUAUAUGGGGGUUAUGCUUCGCAGCCUUGGGAGAGGCAUAGUGAUUUCUAUGGAGAUAUGAAGUCUCCUCUUUCAGCUCCAUCCAAAGGCAUCUAUAUUCAGACCAACUGGGGCCAACAAUAAUUUACAAUGGUGUGCUGUGAGUUUCAGUUCAGAGGCCAUUCCAAAUGGCAUUGGGUUUGGAGGGUGAGUUAAUCACUUUGGCCUGUUCGUCUCAGCAGGCCUUGAUCAGGGACACACUUUCUCUUGCACAACAUUCAACAGCCCUUGCCUUUCAAAGAACAGUAAAACCCGCCCAGAAGUGAUAGAAUGCUGGGGAGUCGUAAGGAAAGGAAAACAGGAAGAAAGACAAGAUGCUCUCAAAGGUACUGUGUUAGAAAGGUUUAAGGAGGACUGGAAUAUGCUCAAUAUGGUAGGGAUUGCAAAUGCUAGCGAGUAAAUGUGUUCAUCUUUGGCCUGCACCUUCGGAUGGGGCUUCAACAUUUAGAUCAGUGCUAAAGGUUAGAAGUCCUGUUCAAUGUAUGUCUAGUUCAAGGAAAAUUGUGCUUAUCCCGAGUUCCUGGUUCCUCAAUCAAACAGAACUUUAUUUAUUUAUUUAUUUUAUCAGUAUAAUCCCUAAGAAUGCAAGUGUAUCAUGUAGACGCCAAAUCCUCUCCUCCAACUACAAAAAUUUACUGGUGGUUUGAAAUAGGAAAUUACAGCAGUGUUUAUGAGGAUCCAUACACUAAUCUACUCAUCUCACAGAAAUACUUUUAUGCCUCUUUCUUUAGCUAGCAGUAGUAAUUAUAAUGUUUCUCUAUUCCUUGCAAAGAUAUAUCAAAUAAUAUUGAAUCAUUUAA